AUGCUGGCGAGACCAUGGGCUCGCCUCAAGUUGCUGAGACCGGGUACGGUAUGUCAGCGCGUCAACGUCUUGCGUCGCGCCGGCCCGGUUUGGCCCCCAACGCGCCAUGCGUUCUUAACCACCACGGCAAAAGGCACCCAGACAGCGCAGGAGGAGGCCGAGCAGCGCCCGAAGGCGGAUGCAAAAGCCGAACAUGUGCCACAGUCUUUGUUGUCCAAGAUGGGCGAGUCAGCAGCCACCACCCUAGCCUCGGUCCUGGUUCUCGGGCUUGGCUUCGCGUUUGCCGGCUAUGCCUACCACAAAUCAUACAAGCAUUUGCAACUGAAGAAGAUCAAGAACGCCUUCAAGCCGGGAGACCCGGUAUUGGAAUUGGCUUCCAUCGGGAAAGAGAUGCCAGUCCCACCUGACGGGCAGCACUGGAUAAUGCGCCAAGAACAGGCCAAGGUCGAUGCCAUUAUCAACGGAACUGAAAAGGGCCACUAUCACCUCUUCGUGGGAGAAAAGGGGAGUGGCAAGAGCAGUAUGCUGCUAGAAGCGAUGCGGAAGAUAGAGGGAGAAGGCUGCGCCAUGUUCGAGGCGCAUUCGGAUUUAGAGAUCUUCCGGAUCCGACUAGGAAAAGCUCUCGACUAUGAGUACCACGAGGAUUAUAUCGGCGGUUACUUCAGCGAGAAGGGCCCUAGGGAGUCUACCGCUUUGUUAGACAUCGAGAGGGCAAUGAACAAGCUGGAAAAGGUGGCCUUGCGACACCGAGCGACGAAGAACAAGCCCUUGGUUCUUAUCAUCAACCAAACCCAUCUCGUCCGAGACGACGAAGACGGAAGAGAUCUCUUAGAAUUACUACAGCAGCGAGCGGAACAGUGGGCGGCGUCGAAUCUCGUAACCAUGAUCUUCAACACUGACGACUACUGGGUGUACGAGCGAUUCAAGCAGCUCGCCACCCGGAUGGAAGUCAUGUCGAUAACGGACUUACCAAAGGGCCAAGCUGUUGCAGCAUUGGAGCGGUACCGCAAACGCUACUUCGGAGGCGAGGUUGAUCACAGCCUGCUCGAGCAGGUGUAUGAUCGUGUUGGUGGACGUCUAUCAUUCUUGAAUCGUGUCGCGAAGUCACAUAACAUGCUGGCGACAUGUGACCGGAUCAAGGAAAUUGAAAAGACAUGGUUCCUGAACCAAUGCUGGAUCCUGGGUUCAGAGAUGGAUGACGAUGUGAUGGACCAGCAGAAGUGGGCCUCAGCGGCGAUGGUCCUUGCGCAAGCACUUGUCGACAAGGAGCAAGAUAUGGAGAAGACAUACGAUUCGGAGACAGGCCACGUCCUUCCGAGUUAUGCGAUGCACAAGGCCCAGGAGAUCAUGACAAGAUCAGACUUCGUCAGAGAGCUGGACCGUCUCAAUCUGUUCACCAUCACGAGUUCCGCUGAGGUACGCGCCAGCUCUGUGCCGAUGCACAGAGCGUUCCAGGAGAUAUGUGCGAUACCCGGAUUCCGACAGUUCCUCGAGGACACCCUGGAACGCAUUAAUGCUAUCGAGAGUUUGGGUCGCACGAGAGAAUUGGUCGCGAAGGAUCUCGUCUUGGGUGGCAAAUAUGAAAUUACCAAAGCUCGCAGUGGAGAGGGGAAGGUGGAGGUUACGUUGAAGCAGAAAGAAGAGGACGACGAUGAUGACGGGAAACACUGA